UGACUCGAAAGCUCCGCAUAAUAUUAUGAUAAGAGACGGAAGCCUCGGUGUCAAAGUGAAAGUCUGAAUUUGAUCUAAAGUUUUUUCGCUGCUGCUGUUUUGGAGUCUCGUGGUAAACGCUGUGGGGAAUUUACUCCGGUGUGUUAUCGACUAUAUAAAGGAGUUUACCAGAUUUUAUUUAUGGACUUGUUUACGUUAUUUUUGUUUAAAGUCUACACUGUAAGAUGGAGGACAGUAGCACUGUGUUCAAAGUCCUGCUAUUUCUCACGUUUUCUGUUCAUCCUUCAUCAGCAGACACACACUCUCUGCAGUACCUCUAUACUGCCAUCACACCAGCAAUACAUUUCCCAGAGUUCUCUGCUGUGGGUCUGAUGGAUGGAGGGCAGUGUUUGUACUACGACAGUAACAUCAGGAAGAUGAUACCAAAGACGGAGUGGAUGCAGAAGUUCUUUACUGAUGAUCCAGAUUACUGGAACAGAGAGACAGAGCGUGUGAAGGAUCGUCAGCACCAAUUCCAAGACACAGUGGCUGCAGUAAGGAAGAGCUUGAAUUCAAGUGAAGGAGUUCACACACUUCAGGGGAUGUACGGCUGUGAGCUCCAUGAUAGCACUACUAGAGGAUAUGAUCAGUACGGUUAUGAUGGAGAAGAUUUCAUCAGUCUGGAUCUGAACACUGGAACCUGGACUGCAGAUAAUGAUAAAGCUGUGAUCUUUAUAAAGCAGUGGGAUCCUACAGGAGAUGAAGCUCAAUACUGGAAGAACUACCUGAAAACUAACUGUAUUGAUCAGUUAAAGAAGUUUGUGUCUCAUGGCAGAGAGACUUUGGAGAGGAAAGAUCCUCCUACAGCAUCAGUGUUCCAGAAACACUCGCCUUCUCCAGAGGUGGUGUGUAACGCUACAGGUUUCUUCCCCAAAGCAGUGAAUAUCACCUGGAGGAAGGACGGAGAGGACGUGAACGAGGACGUGGAGCUCAGAGAGACGUUACCCAACCAGGAUGGAAGCUUUCAGAAGAGAAGCAUUCUGAAAGUCCCAGCUGAGGAUCUGCAGAAACACACCUACACCUGCGUGAUUCAGCACAGCAGCUUGAAGGAGGAGUUAGUGCUAGAAGUACCAAAAGGUGGAGGACUGAUGCCUAUCAUCGUUGGUGUUCUCGUGGCUCUCGUUGUUCUCGUUGUCGUUGUUGCUGGAAUUAUGGUCUGGAAGAAGAAGAACUCUGGUGAGAGGAGGAAGGAGGCAGAUGUGAAGUUUUCAGAGAACAGAUUUACACUUUCUAAUUCUUGAAGGAGAUUUGAUGAAUAUUUUGCUUGUUUUUAGUCUGAACUGAUAAACUGAUAAAUAACUGUCUGUCCAUCAUCUGUGUUUCAGGCUUUAAACGUGCUCCAGCUUCUGAAGAGUCUCCAACCACUAUUAAAGUGUGACUGUGUGUCUUUCUGCUGAACUGAGAGAGUAAGACAUGAUGAUGUUUAUGGAAUAAAAAUCUGUGUGGACUGAAAAUCCAGCAGAAAAACCUGAGCUUACAUUAAAUCUCAGCUCAGAGCUGAUCCUGUUUCUUUAGGAGACACCAGGAGAUGGAGAUGAGGACCACACACAAUAUGUAAAAUGUAUUUAUGAAUUUUGUUUGUACAUUUGUACAGUUUUCUAUGUGAUUGUGUUUGUAUGAGGCGCUGUUCUGUUCUGCUCCACUGAGCUCAGUGCUGUAGUAUGUGGUACUGUAUAUUUAUUAAUCUGUAAAUAAAUUCAUUAAAAAAUAAAUAGCUUCUAAAUAAGAACAUGAAGAAAA